AUGAAUUUAGGUGAACAUAUACUAUUAUCAAAUGGGUUUAGUAAAAUAUAUGAAAAACCAACUACGUUUCCAUUUACUGAAGAACUACUGGAAAAGCUUAGGUUUGAUUGUUAAGAAAAUACAAUUAUUUGUCUGGGAGGUAUAAAAACCAUAGAAAGGAAUAAAUUGAUAUUGUGUGCUAUCGAUUUUGCAUAAGAAUUAUUUAUAAUAACAAAAGAUUCAUUGAAAUCCAGAAAAAGCCAAAAUGCUGAUAUAUUUUGGUAUCAUUAUAAAAAUAGAUGUUUUGGAUUUUCUAAAAAUGAAAAGAUAAGUGCCUCUAAUGCAACAGCUGACGAAAAUUAAAUUUAAGCUGAGUAUAGAUUUUCUGUAUGGUUAGAUGGAGACAUUGGUUUUAGAAUUGGAAACAAUAAAAAUUUAAAGUUUAGUAAUGAAUUUAGUUAUGUAAUUUAUAAGAAAUAUUGA